AUGGCAUCAACUGAGUACUUCGCUUCACAAGCCGUCUUUCCCGACGACUUGCAGCCCAUAGCCCAAAUGGCGACGAUUUCGCUCGCCAGGUUGGUUGCGGGCAGCACCGCAGAGGCCGAUGUGGUGCUUCAUGCGUGCCGUAAGUUGGGGUUCUUCCUGCUGGAUUUAACUGGCAACUCUAUCGGAGAGCAGAUGAUUGCGGAGGUGGACGCUAUGUUUGACGUGGUGCGGCAGACCAUGGAGUUGAGUAUGGCUGAGAAGAAGAAAUUCAAUCAUGACCCACCUCGGGAUUUUCGCGGUUACAAAGCACAGGGCCUCAUGAAAACCGAGACCGGUGCACCUGAUCGCUGUGAAUUUUACAGUGUCUCGCAGGACGACCUCCUCGGCCAAAGCACCGCUCCACGAGACAAUCCAGAGCCUAUCGCCUCGCAUACUCAGCUGCUAAGGUCGUACCUAGAACAUGGCCAGUUUGUGCUGACGCACAUCCUACGCACUCUGGCAACACAGCUGGAUCUGCAUCCAGAAACGUUUCGUAAUCUGCAGGAGCCCAGUCAUGCGUCAGGGACUAUUCUGCGACUGAUUCGGUACGCACCUAGUCUCAUCUCGACCGACAUGCGUACAGGUUUGCUGCCGCAUACGGACUUUGGUAGUGUUACCUUGUACUGGCGCCGGAUUCUGCGCCCGAGGACGAGAAUGCCUGGCAGUGGGUGCGUCCUAAGCCUGGCUGUUUGAUUGUGAAUAUGGGCGAUGCGAUGGUUGAAUGGACUGGUGGUGUGUUGAGGUCGAAUAUGCAUCGCGUCAAUUAUGCUCCGGGUGAGCAGCGACAUGUCCAUCGUUAUGCUGUCGCGAUGCUGGUGAGGCCGUACAAGGAGGCGUCCAUGGGUCGUCUACAAGGCGGCCAGAUCCCGUCGGUUGAAGACGAUAAACGUGACGGAAUUGAUAUAGUAGAAAACACUGUCAGUCAUUUGACCGCCCAGGAAUGGGAGCUCAAGAAGGCCAUGGCUCUCAAGGAAGGUAAGGACUGUGCCCAGAGUCCGGGCGGCAGGGAGUUGAAGCCAAAGUUGGCUGUAACUUGAAGUUGUCAAGUAAUAAUGUAUUAGAUUCAUCAACUCAUUUUAUGUAGUAUUUUUAAUAUAUUUCCUAUUGUUUCA